AUGGGGGACAGGGUCUGGGCCAACAUCGGCGUCAGGGGGGUCGAGGCACGUUUGGAAGCUGUGCCGCAUUAUGUAGCACAGCACAUGCCAGCACGAUUCCAUACACUUUUUCAGGAGUAGAAAAUAACCGUGCAGUCGAGGCAGCGCCAUCUGCACAGCAAAAAUUGGAGUGUUGAAACUUCAGGGUUAAAAAUUUCCGAGUUGAUUUUCACUCCCAGAGUGUAAUUUUAACACAUUCUGAUUUAAAUGGUGUUCAGUGUUGGAGUUAUUUGGCAGAGUUGAUCAUGUCAGUGUUAACCCAACUCCACAGAGAUGUAAUUAAGCUCCGCCCAUGCCUUUCACUUCUUCGGUUAGAGACAGAGAAGACAAGUCUGCGCCAUUUUCUACCUCUCAUGCAGUACUACACGGUAAGUGCAAUUAAGUUAAACUCACUGAAACAAUUAAAAAUUGAUGCUGAGAAUUUCAGUAUGAACAAUUAAAUAUCUACAGAGAAUAUAUGCCUUACACAGCCGUGUUUGUUGCCAGGACUGAACAGUACAUUUGUCCUCGUGGUUAGCUAGCUAGUUAGCAGUGUACGGUAAGCUAGCUAACAGUUUGUUACUAAAACUAUCUCCAACUUUAUCAAUAAUGAUUUAACAAUUCAUAGGCAUGCUCAAAGCUAGGAAAUACAAAGCAUUAUGAUUUUUAACUAUAUAAAAUCUUGUUUGAGGCUGGAGCUAACGUUUUUUUUUCCUCUUUGAAGAUCAAAGGGACCGCAAAAAACGUGUCCCAACAUGCAGACGGUGUUUCAGUGUCUAGUUCACGUGUCUAGCUAUCCAUCAGAUUCUAUGACCUGCAGUGUUGGAAAAAGUACUCAUUUACUUAAGUAAAAGUAUUCAAAAUGCUGGUCCAGAUGAAGUACAGCCAACAGCAGAAGUAUGUAAAGUUGGAUGAGGAUGAAGGACUGUUUGACUUUCUGCAAUUCCAUGAAAAAGGUUAGUAUGGCUUACAAAAAAGGUCUUAAACCACAUCCAUGUUCUUUUUAAAGCUCUUUACAUGCCUUUAUCAGACUCUUAUACUGUAAAUGGGUGUAAAUUGCUAAACAUUUUCAGUUCUGCAAUGUGUGCUUCAUGUAAGUGUAAAGUGUCAAGUGUAAAGUAUAAUAUACACCAAAACAGUCCAGAAAAAAAGGCAAUCAUCAAUUUUUAAAUUUGGACUUGGAAGGGAAUGGGUUUUGUGAGGGACAAAUGCUCUAUGUCUAUUUAAUGAUUAUACAGUCUUGGAUGUAUGUAUUUAACAUGAACAGUUAUUGGCUGUGAGGCAAGAAACAGUGCGGACUUCAAAAGCACAUUCAGUUUGACCUUAUCUAUUCCAGCCAUGGAGAGAUUUGGCCUGCCACCUGAUGCAAAUGUUAUAUACAAGGAUGCAACAGGGACAGAAGUUGAUGCAGAAAUAUUCAGCGACCUCGUUGGACAAGGCAAUGUGGUCCUGACAGUUUUCUCAGAUCAGGGUGAGAUAUCAAGGCAGGUAUAAUAAAGCACUCUACACCUUAGUAUAUCAUUUAAUAAUUUAAAUGUUCUCUAUUGCUUUAGAAUUCUCUGAUUUCUCCUUGUCUUCUGAGACGUCUGACUCAAGCUUCAGCUCAAGUGCAUCAACUAUAAUCCUAGAUGUUCCGAACAAGAGACAAAGAAUUGAGGAUACACGUGAUGCUGUGUCUGCUAAACAGGUUGCUUAAUGCUUUCACAUUUUUUCACUCUGAGUCACUAGAAAAGCUGUUUAUCACUAUGUUUUGUAUUCUCAUGUUUUUGUUUUUUAUUAGUUGAUAGAAGCUGUGCCAAGAGGCAAGUCCGGAGGUGAAGAAGUACUACAGGAGUACCAAACAACAGAAACCCUAACAGAUGCUGCAAGAAGACAAAUGGUUAAUAUCCUGGUGGCUCACAUGAUUGACAAUCAUGGGUAUGUUUGUUUCACAUUGUUUUUGUUUGUGUCAAAUAAAUGCAUGACCAUUGCAUAAAUGUACUAAUUUACUAAUUUAAUAUCUCCUCUCAGGCACUGCCCCACUAAAACAAUCAGAGAAGAUUAUGCACGUGGGAUAGUGAUGCUGUUCCCUUCCCUUAAGGAUCCAUACUCCAAGAAGGGCUAUGUAAUAGGCAUUAUUAUUGUUUAAACUUCCAUGUCAUGUUGUGACCCAAAACUGUGUGGAUGACAUUGAUAUUUGAAUUCCGUGAGAUUUCUCAUGAGCCUGGUAUUACAACACAUUUCUUUUUUCAUUUCAGGAACACUUCUAUGAUGCUGCAAGCAGCACAGGAUACAUUUCUUGGCGUCUGAAAACAGUCCAGAGGAAGAUUCGUCAAGGAUCUGCACAGCCACCAAAAAGCCCAAUUGACUUUUCUCCAGGAGGCCCAAAUUGCCAAAGGACUGUUGAUGUUGAAGGGCAGCUUGAUGGUGAUGCUUGCCAAGAGGCCAUGUCUUUGCUUAACCAUACAGCAGACAAUUCCCUGAUUUUCCAGAAGAUGAUAGAGACCUUUCAGCAUCGUCAGAAGCUUGUUAAUGACCCAGGCAGAAGUGUUGAUAUACUCUCCAGCUUCCCAAGAUUUCUGGAUACAAAAGGAUUGGUGGACCAAGACUUCACUCUCCUAUUUGACGAAGACACAUCAUCCAGGCUUCUUCAGAAAUGGGAUUUGUUCUUCAAGCCAAAUGUCAUUAAAGAGGCUAAGCGGCUCACCUCAACACCAGAGUUGCGUCGCUUGGUGCAGUCAGCAGAAAGUCCCCCAGGAAGUGAUCUUGAUGAUCAUUCUUCUUGAUUAUUCUUGUCUCUAAUGUUCAGUUUUCUGAUCUCAACCAUAGUCAUGCUGCAGUUUGGAGGAGCAUCUCCGCAACCAGCAGGGUCGGCAGCCGUACCUCCUCGCUGUUGGGCGUCAGAAGAGCAAGAUUGACAGCUUCUACAUCACCAUGGAUAAGCGUCUCAUCCCAUGCAAGGCAAACUGCUCCCUCGGGGCAUGUGAUGAACUUUUCAAAGCACAUUUUGUGUUUAAUUUGUCUUACGAUGUGGCACUUUUUAUACAUUCCUGCAGACAACAGUGUAUAACAUUGAUGUGGGGAAAAUGAAGGAGUCACCCAGAGUUAAAGACUUGAGAGCAAGACUGCUUAACCAGCCAGUAGCAUUCUCACCCUGUGAGUAAGAAGCUAUAACAAUGCUGACCUGUUUCAUGUGUCAGAAAAAUUAUCCCAGCAGUCAGCAGUUGAUUUCACAUUUAAGAGUUGAACAUGGUUACUAUCCUGGACCCAAGUUCAAAUUGUUUUGUUCUCAGCAAGGCUGUAGGCAUCAGUUUCUAACAUAUGCAGGUUUUCGAAAGCACCUUAAUAGUGUUCAUAGCAUUUUUCAGCAAACUCAAACUUCAACUGUUGCAUGUUCAUCUAGUGAGCCAGUUGCAACUUCAUCUCAGGCACAUACUUUGGAGGACCAAUUUAUUCCACAAAAUCAAUGUAGUUCUUCCAGUAUUUCUUCUGAGGCCAAUGAUUCAGGACUUACUAAAGAUCCAACUAAAGAAAUGUGUGCAUCCAUCGUGGCCAAAUUACAGGGGAGUGGGAUAUCCAACAGUUUGGUAUCCUCAAUUGUAGGAGAUUUGGAAGAACUAACGAGUGAACUUCGCUCACAAGCAAAGCAUACAGCUAUUUCUGCUUUACCUAUAACUGACCCCAACAUAUCUGUGAUAAAUGAAUCUUUUGAAGAUUAUGAAAAUACGUUUUCAAAUCUGAAUACAGAAUGGAAACGAAAUAAAUACUUCCAAAAAUGGGGAGUUGUUGAGCCAGUAGAAAUAACACUGGGAGUGAGAAAUGACAACAGGCGAAAUCAGAAAUCCGGUACUUAUGAUCAAGUACCUGUGAAGGAUACUUUUAUCUAUGUGCCAAUUUUAGAAACAUUGAAGUUCAUGUGCAGAAAUCCAGACAUUUGUGUUUUGCUAAAGAAGGAGUAUAGAUCAGAGCCUGACACUUAUACUGACUUUUUUGAUGGAAGUUAUUUUAAAACCCACCCUUUGUUUACAGCUAAUAAACAUGCAUUGCAAAUUCAACUAUACUAUGACGAUUUUGAAACAGCCAAUCCCCUUGGCUCCAAACGUGGAAUACACAAAAUUGGCUGUCUUUAUUUUGUUGUAAGAAAUUUGCCCCCAAAAUUUAAUUCGGUUUUGAUGAACAUUCAUUUGGUAUCACUUUUUCACACACAAGAUCUGCGCAAGUAUGGUUUUGAUGUUAUACUAGAACCGUUGAUAAAUGAUGUGAAAAAACUAGAAAGCCAAGGGCUAAGUCUUCCAUUUGUAGAUGAGCAGGUAUAUGGUACAAUCUGUCAGAUUACUGGAGAUAAUCUAGGGAUGCACACAAUUCUUGGUUUUAAUGAGUCAUUUAGUAGCCGUCAUUUCUGUCGCCUUUGUUUGAUUGAGAAGAAUGAUUGUCAAACGGUAUACAGUGAGGAUGAUCCUAAAGUGAUCCUUCGUGGAAAAGAUAUGUUUGAUAUGCAUUGCCAGUCUCUCCAGGAAAACCCACAAUUUAAGUCACUUUAUGGUUUGAAAAAAAGAUCUGCACUUAAUUCAUUGAAGUAUUUCCAUGUUUGCAAUAACUAUUCAUUUGAUAUCAUGCAUGAUCUUCUUGAGGGUGUGGUUCAGUAUGAGAUCAAAUUGCUUUUUGGAUAUCUCACACAACACUUUAUGUCAGAACAAGACUUGCUUUCCAGGAUUUAUGGUUUUGAUUAUGGAUUUUUAGAACGAAAAAAUCGUCCUACAAAGAUUAUUUUGGAGAGUGCUGGCAAUGGCAUUGGUUUGAAUUCUAUUCAGACAUUGUGUCUUGUGAAAAACAUCCCACUGUUGUUUGGUGAAAUUAUUCCUGCAGGAAACAAAAACUGGAAUUUGUUACUGUUGUUACUUCAAAUAAUGAACAUAGUUUUUUCACCUUCUCUCACUCUAGGUAUGACAAUAUAUUUAAAGCAUUUGAUUGUUGACCACCAGAAACUAUUUAAGCACUUGUAUCCACAUAGAAACUUGAUACCUAAGCAUCAUUUUAUGAUCCAUUACCCAUCUUCUAUAAGGAAAAUUGGCCCCUUAUUAUAUACGUGGUGUAUGAGGUUUGAGGCCAAACACAAGCUGUUUAAAGAUUCUUUAAAAAAUUUCAAAAACAUAACCAAAUCGCUUGCUAUAAAGCAUCAGAUGGCCAUUGCUUAUCACUGGGAAACCUUCACCCUCAAAAAAAAUGAGUAUGGGCCCAUUAAAUCUUUUCUCUUCAGAGAUGAGAAUGUGGUCAACAAUGAAAUGCUUGAAACAAUCUUGUCAAAAGAUGUUUUCUCAACUAGUUGGGUUAAAGUUGAUGGUGUAGAGUAUAAAGCUGGACUAGUUAUUUGCAGUGCAAUGGAAGAAGACAUGCCAGUCUUUUGUCAAAUAAGUGAUGUACUUUUGGUUGAAGAUCACUUAUUUUUUUUGACAAACAAGCUAUUUACAGAGAAUUUUGAUGACCAUCAUCAUGCAUUCAGAGUAUUACGAAGUGCGGAAAGAUGUUUACUAAAAAUGUCUGAGCUUAAAUUUCAAAAACCGUUUGAUAUUCAAAGCUCAUACAAUGUUUCGGAUGAAAGUUUGUACAUUAUACCUUCAUUCACAAUGUUUUAAUUCAACUGACUGCAAGGGAGAAAAGGAAUAAAUAUUUUUGAAAAUGU